AUGCCCACGCCCACGCCAGACCUGGUGGCGCCUGAGAUCACAUACCACGUCCCGUCCUCUCGAAGCCACAACAUGACCUCUCUCGUACGACCGCACGGCCCAUCUACCUCCUCGAGCCCCCUCAAGAUGGCAUCAAGUCAGCGACCUGCCGAACAACCCAUCCAGCCUUCCCAGCGGGCCGAUCGUAACAUUGAGAAGGUCGUGCUUGGCGAUCUGGUGUUCGACACGUGGUAUCCGAGCUACUAUGGCAAGGAAUUGCUGGGGGAUGUGUCAGCUGUCCCGGAAGAUUGGCGAACGAGCCAUGUCAAGAGGGACAGGGAUCAGCACCCCGUGCUUGAUAGGCUAUACGUCUGUCCUAGCUGCUUCAAGUACUCCAAAGAGCUGGUCGCAUGGUGGGGACAUGUGCGCGUUUGCGAGAAGAGGCAGUCCGUCCCCGGGCAGAAGAUAUACGUCCACCCGCGCCGGAAGCACAAGGUCAAGGCUGCGCGAGUUCGGAAAUCAGAAGUACAGCCCGACGAGACGGUUCACGAGGAGGGUGAAUGGAGCAUUUGGGAGGUGGAUGGUGACCAGGACCGACUAUUUUGCCAGAACCUCUGCCUAUUCGCAAAGUUGUGGCUCGAUAACAAGUCUAUCUUCUUCGAUGUUACAGGCUUUACCUAUUUUCUUCUCGUCUACACCCCUCCCGCUGGCUCGUCCGGACAGAAUGAGGCGUCUUCGGCAGUGCUGCAGAUUGUUGGCUUCUUCUCCAAAGAGAAGAUGUCGUGGGACAACAACAAUCUAGCCUGUAUCCUCGUCUUCCCACCGUGGCAACGCAAGGGGCUGGGCGGGCUCCUCAUGAGCGCGAGCUACGAGAUCUCAAAGCGACAGGGCGUCAUUGGCGGACCAGAGAAGCCCAUCUCGAAUCUCGGCCAGAAGGGGUACAAGAGCUUUUGGGCGGGCGAGAUUGCGAGGUGGCUGCUGAGCCUGGACGAAGGGGCCGUUGUCGACAUUAAGGACUGUAGCGAUGCGACCUAUAUCUGCCUGGAGGAUUGUCUGUAUAUGUUCCGCGAGAUGGACCUUUUGCAGGAUGCCGGGGUGGGACCAGGCAAGCCCGUGGUACAAGAUGGCGACGAUGGCGACGAGGAGCUGGACGACGAGGAUGCAAGGGCGGUGGCGAAAGAGGUCAAUAGGGUCAAGGUCGACAAAGCUGCAGUGAGGAAGUAUGUGGCCGACCACCGUCUGCACUUGCAGAAGAUGUGUGAUCCGGAUGGGUUCGUGGAGGGCUACGCAAUGGGAGAGAAUGGUACCGGGGAGGAGGAGGACGAGGUCAUGGAAGACUAG